AUGGAAUCCAUUCUCGAGCGUUUUCGCUCUCUUCCACUCAGUUUCUCUCUAAAAUGGAGGGCUAAGACGAGCAGCAGCCAACCGAUGGUUGUACAUGUGGAGGAAGGUAUUUCUAGGAGUGAGUUGAAAGCGCUGCCUAUUGUCUUGUCCUUUUUCCUCAUCAUGUUUUUUUUUCUUGUUAUUAUUUUGUGUGUGAUUGCUUCACCCGUUCUAUGCAUGGUUAGCGCUGCUAUAGGAGGGCGCUGUAUGCGUGCUUUGUGGGCUCUGACGGAUGUGUUUUCCAUAGCGCUUGGUAGAAGCCACCCCAAUGUGGCACGAGUGACGCAGUCGGGCAGGUACGCACGGCAGAUGGGGUAUCGCUAUGGUCCAGCGUGGCACCAAGUUGGUUUCUCAAGGGCGGUGGUGGCAAAAGAAACCACGUCGGUGGGUAAGGCGGCUGGCACACCCCCUGUUCAGCAGAACACAUUAUUGACGCCUACGACAAGCAAUGAGAUACGCACAAGGGCGGUGGAGUUGGGGCUUGUUUCGGAGGAGGCUCACUCGUCUUUUUCGGAAUUGUGUGGUAAGGGAACCUCUACCUCAAAAGAUCCCCUGCUUGAAUUUUUGGAGAAAAACGAAGAGGACGCUCCCAUCUUGCUCGCCAUGUGGACCUCUUUGCGUCGCUGCUGUUUGCAUGCCUCGGAGAUAUCGGAGUCUCUGUCGCUCACGACAAGGUGGUUUUUGCACCAUCUUAUUCGGAUGCGUGCCAUCGCGGCCGCGGUGCAGUUUUACCAGCGACUGUUGGCAUUGGGGGUGCAGUUGCAGAAGUGGGACGUUGUUCUGCUGCUGAGUAAUUUACCCUACGACCGAUCCACAACUGUAGCAGAUUCCCAAAUGGAUGCAUGGAUGCGGGAGAGACGCCUCUCGCGGGGGGCGGAGUUGCGGCAGCGUGAAAAAAGAAGACGAGGCGAAGAUACUACGUUGACGCCCCCCAAGGGGGUGGUGACACCCGCAGGAUGUGAGGGAGUGGGGAAGAACGAGGGAGAGCGUCAAGGCACCUCUGCUAGGGUCGUCACUUCUAACACCGCAGUGCCGUCGCAACCCACGAACUCUGGGCUCGGUGUCACUGCCAUUAAGAGGACUUCAAAUGAAACGGAUAACAACGUUCUUAACUCGGUAAACCAGCUGCAUUCUCAGCACCAAGGUUGGGUCAGGCAGUGGCUUCUCUAUGAGGCUUCGAUGGGAAAUAUUGAAUUUCCCGACAGCGAGGAGAGUGUGCCUAUCAAGUAUGAUGGAAAGUUGGAUGCAUCCCAUUUUGCUGACGCCGUCGAGGUCGAUGGGGACAUGCUGCAGGAUUCUUUGGAAGCAAACCGUCUAAUGGGGGUAAUAACUCAUUUAAAACAUCUCAUGUUACUGCAGGAUGCCAGUAUUCUAGUUGAGACGACUAAGACAGGAAAGUCACAGAAGUCACCCAUUAAGGUUGAUGGAGGUAAAUCCGCCAUAAGACACCGUCGCUACUGGGUGGAGGCACUUCACCUUUCAAGUGUGUACAUGGAGUCAAUUCUAGCAACAAGGCGUGUCACAUCGCUUCCCGAUGAACUUCUUGAAAUCACACGGCGGGCUGUGAUGUGCUCUCAAUCCUGGAAAGUGUCUUUUCAUUACCUUAAGUUGGCUAAGCGGUACGGCGUCGCAUUGAGCAAAGAGGACUACGCAAAAUUUGUCUUGAUGGCCGCGGAGGAGGAGCCAUGGCGAAAAAAUCCUGCAAUUGAAGAAUGUAUGGCGCAUCACAUUGUCCCGCAUAUUAUUUCAAAGUCAACGGCGGCUGGUUAUGCAGUUCAGGCUAUAUGGCUUGUAUACGCAUGCACCAUGAAGUUGGAUCGACCUGAGAAAUACGUGGAACUGCUUGGAAGCCACGCAGUGAACCUUCCUACAGCAAUAAAGGAGGCCAUUAUGCUUGCUAAACUUGCGGCCUCACAUCUGCAAAUUGAGGUUGACCGCUACCGUGCAGAGGUUGCAGCGCAAGAGUUACUUGCCACGUCGCUUCGAAAGGGUUUGUUUUCAACUGUCAAUGAAACCACGCCAGAGAAUAGUACCUCGUUACUUAAGAACCCGACUGAACAACCUGCAACUGCCUUACUUGUGGGUGCAGUCCUUUCAGAGUGGUUAAUAGAUUCUUUUGUGCUGGUUUGUAUUUCUCUCCCUCGUGUUAUCGCUUUAGCGUCCAUCCUUGUGGUUUCACAAGAAGACGCCGUUCAACUUACUUCUUUCCUUGUGGACGUAUUAUACAGUCGCAUGGGUGUAUGGGGGACGUUCUCUAAAUUGUACUUGGGGGAGGCGAAUGUUUCUGCACGUAGAGCCCCAGAGAGGUCGUCCGUCGCCGCCUACAUGGCGUUAUGUGUUUUUCGUGUUGCCCUGGCGUUGUGUACGGCCCAUGGCGAGUUUGCCUCGCGACGACGAGGCGUCGCCUUGCUUACCCCCAAGCAGCUGACACUUUUUCUAGGCAUGGGAACGGAGGCGCUGAGCGCCAUCCCUUCUUACGCAUAUAAGAGCGUAGAGUUGCGAUCCGUCAUGGCGAGGUUAGUGCGAACGGCUGUCCGGCUGACAAAGGAGAUGUGCCGACUCUUUAACCUUACCCCCAGUAGUGAGAAGCUUCUGUUUGGUGUCACCUCGGAGGAAACGGUGGAGUCCCUCGUUCUCAUGGUCCGUAUCCUUUUGCUCCUGCACACAGAUGCGCCUAGGCGACAUUUCCCGGUGAGUACACAAUUUUUUUUACGUUCUCUUUUCCGGCCUAACGUUGGCUUGGGAAAACAAGUCCGACAUUCUCUGCGGCAGAAGGAAGUGCGUCAAUUAGAUGCCCUUCUCUACAGGCAAGCCCAUAGUAGAACCAAUGAUGAUGAUGAUGAUGUUUCUCCUUCAACCCAGCGUCUUCAGAUAUUCUCUCCGGAGGACGUUGCAAGGAUUGAGGCGACAGCAAAAAUGCAUAGGUCGAUUUAUUCUGUGGUUGUUCACCAUGAAGGUGAUUCCUCUGCCGUUGAAGAUGCGCUUAGCUCUCGUCUUCACUCAAUGAAGUCGGAUGAUGCCUUCUUACUCUUACAUGUUACCCUCCAUCAUUUACGUUUGCGUCCUGGAACUUUUGGAAUGCCGUUUUUUGUCAAUGUGUUGGAGCGUCUUCGCGGCGGCGCAACGGGUGCAACUGAUGGGAGUUCUUUAUGGUUAAAGGCCAUCUCGGUGUAUUGGGAUGCUGUGGAGCAUACUGCAGCUCAUUCUGGUUCUCUCAGCACAGCGAAGGCCAGUGAUAGGCGAGGUUUUCAGAAGCAUGAAAGAAAUGUUUUGUCGGAACUCCUUUUACCGAUGAUGCAGCUUAGCAUGUCGAUAAGAAGAAGAGACCUUGGGUGGGUUUGGCUGGAUCGCUGGGCUUCUCUGUACACACCUGUGGAACGCGACACAUGCUGGGCUAUCCGUAAUGUUCAGGCAAGAUCGACCCUUCAUGACAAGCAUGCUUUGCAUAUGUGCCUUAAACUUGUCUUGAACGAGCAGCAGAAGGUGGUGGUGCCGGAGGGGGUCCAUGUAGAACCACCAUCAGCCUCAUUCACCUCACUUCUGUGUGAGGUUGCUGUGAAACAUGCUGAUUGGCGAGAGGCGUUGGAUAGUUUGUUGCGGCCCUUUAUUAACUUUGCAAGCUGCAGAAGCUCCAUUACGCCGUUGCCAAGUAUUGUCGCUUGCUCUGCGUUGCGGAUUCUAUGUCGUGCCCCUGUUAACCUCUCCAACACCGCUCUACGGCUUCGGGAGAUUCAGGGGGACCAGUGGGAUCUUCAAAGUGCCAAUGGACUUUUGUUGCUGCUUGUGCGCCAACGGAGGUGGAAACUUGCUUUGCAGCAUGUCAAGGAGAUGUGUCCGUUGUUGGACGGCGUCACUGACACGCCGGCAGGAGGCGCAAACAGCUACAGCCCCAGUAAUAUACAUGAGAAGCGUAUCAAGGAUGAGAAACAGUUGAAAAUGAAUCAGGCAUUUUUUCUCCUUUAUGGUCUGCGGGCGUGCGCCAUUGGUGGAUGUGGCGAGGAGGCCGCUCUGCUGUACGACCGUGUCAAGCUAUUACUGACAGAGGCAUGCACUGGUAGUGCAUUGGAGAAGACAGCCACUAGCGGCUCUGCAGCGCAUCUGGAGGAAUUGCUCUUCUCCACCUUGGAUCCUGAUGAGGUGGUGGCAAACGUCUCUUCUGUAGGGGAUGAAAAUGAUCAGCUGCACAUUAUUGUGGGCCAAGCGCGUCGCUAUUUCCUUCGUGCCAUGACGAAGAAGAGUUUGGUUACCCAAGGCUUGCAUAAGUGA